CCCACAUCAGAAUAAGUUUAAAGGGCUCGGUGUGACACAGUCCACUUUCUUACUCCACUGGGGUAUCUGGUGUCCGGCGGGUAUCAGCUAACUGUUCUGCCUCACCUGACACCCGACAAAGGCACCUUUAUAAGUCAGGUCAUGUGACCAGUGGACUCUACAGGACUGUGUCCAGAUCUUCGCCGGUUUGCAGUUAAGCGUACCCGGUCCUGCAACAUGACGUACAUCGCCAAGACGUUCUAUGACCUGCGCGCCACCACCUUGGAAGGGGACUCGGUGGACUUCAACGUCUACCGAGGAAGGGUGGUGCUCAUCGCGAAUGUAGCCUCACUCUGAGGGACCACCACCCGGGACUUCACCGAGCUCAACCAGCUGCAGAGCAGGUACCCUCAUCGGCUGGUGGUCCUUGGGUUCCCCUGCAACCAGUUUGGUUACCAGGAGAACUGUUCCAACAGUGAGAUCAUGAACGCGCUGAAACACGUGCGACCAGGAAAUGGCUUCGAGCCCGUCUUCACCAUGUUUGAGAAGUGUGACGUGAACGGAGCGAACACACACCCAGUCUUUGCCUAUUUAAAGGACAAGCUGCCGUACCCUGACGACGACCGGGUCUCUCUUAUCCAGGACCCCAAGUUCCUGGUGUGGAGUCCGAUCAGCCGGAGUGAUAUCUCCUGGAACUUUGAGAAGUUUCUGAUCGGGCCGGAGGGAGAACCAUUCAAAAGAUACAGCAAAAAAUUCCCGACCAUUGACAUCGAGCCCGGCAUACAGAGGCUGCUAAGACUGACCAAGAACUAGGAAAAGUGUUCAACUGUGUUCAUGUGACUACUCUGGAUCUCUGGAAACACGUCAUAACCCUGUGGAGGCCUCUGUCUUUCUUGGAGUUUAUUAAUGAAGGUGAUAUCCUAAAUUAAAUGUGGGUAUAACCUGAAGUCUUAUAAACUUGAAUAAAUAUGGAAAUGCCUUUUGUGGGUUUAUGUAACAAAAUGAUUUAAUAAAACUUAAAAUACAAAAAUA